GUUCGUAUUCAGACUUUGCUAUUGUAUCGAACAAUCAAACAAUGUUUGUCGAAGAAGUAUACAUAGAUUUUUUUCUUAAGUGUAUGACGAGUAAAAUCUUUGAAAAAUAUCGAAUCUUUGAGACUGGGUCAUUUCAUGAUCUUUUCUGCAAAUCUAAUUUUUGCCAUAAUACCAUUGUUCGAGCCUAUCAACAACAAAAUAUUUUCACAAGUAACUCAACAGACUCUAAAAGAAAAACAACAUAACAAAUGACAACAUAUACCUUACAUGUGAGUGUGCGGGCGUGUUCGUCUAUUCUGUACACAUAUUGAAAAUGUAAAAGUGAGAGAAAAAGAAAAAGGUCAAGAGAAUAAUUUUCUUUUUUGUCUUCUCUCGUCCAUAAGUCGUCGUUCAUGUUAUCGUUGAUGAUCAAUGACAACAUAGCAUAAUUAAUAUGUAUAUCAAUUAAGCUUUAUCCACACCCAUACAUUAAGAUAGUUGUAAUUGAAUUUUAUCUCAAUGUAUCUGUGUGUCCCGAUUAAAGCUUAAUGAAAUUCAUCUUUUAAUCAUAUAUCCAUUAAAAAAAAUUGAAUGAUUUUCUCUCCCCAUAACUUUUUUGGAGUAUAAAUAUGAAUAAUUCUCUAUGUGAAAUCAUUCAAUUUGUUGAAUCAUAAACACUAAUUCUUUUCUUUUAUGUUUUAGGUCAAUAUCAACACUACAAUAUGGAACAAUUCAACGUCCAACAAAGCCAUAA